AUGAAUGAUGGAGUAUCACAAACAAAUCCAGGAUCACCAAAUACAUCAAUAUCACCACCUACAAGUAGAAUUACUGGUGAUUCAACAUUAAGUACAUUAAGUACAAUUUCACAAACUUCUACAACAUCAACAACAAAUUCAUCAAGAAGAGUUGCAAGAAGAGCUUGUUUAUCAUGUCGUGAAAAAAAAAUUAAAUGUGAUGGUGAACCAGUAAGUUCAAUUACAUCUGCUGAUGGUAUAAAUAAAAUUAUACCAGAAAAAACUAGAAUUUGUUCAAAUUGUAAAUUUUUAGAUAUAAAAUGUAUAUUUGUACAAAGUAAUCGUGGUGGGAGACGUAAAAGAAAAGAUUUAGAAACGGGGGAAAUUUUAUCUAUUGAUGCAAUUAAAAAAUCAAAAAUGUUAAAUAAUAAUAAUAAUAAUACUCAAGAAGAAAAAGAAGAUUCUUCAAUUGAAAGAGUUAGUUCAUUUAUAUUAGAUAAUGAAAAUUCAAGAAAAAAAUUAUCAUCUCCUGUUCCAUCAACUACAACUACUUAUGAAAAACCUAAAAUUGAUACAAGAUCAAGUUCAAUAGAUUAUUCAAGAACAACUUUAGAAAGUCCAGAAUCUAGAUAUUUAGAUCCCAGAGACCCCCGGGGUCCAUCAUCAGGAGGACCACCACAUUUCCAUCAUGGUCCUCCUUUCCCAUUUCGUCAUCCACCUCCACAUCAUCAUGGUCCUCCUUCUUUUGGUCAUCAUCAUCAUGAUUUUCCACCAGGACCUCCUCCACAUCAUGGACCACCUCAUCAUCAUCCUCAUGGUCCCCCACCACCUCAUCAUUUACCUCAUCAACAUCAUUUCCAACAUAGAUCAGACUCAACUUCAGAAAAUCAACUACCUUUACCUUCAUUAACUAAUUCGUAUCCUUCAAAUUCUUCACAUUUCCCACCACGUCAACCACCUCAUCAUAAACAUUUCCAUCCCCCACCUCAUCAUCAUCUUCAUCCUCAUGGACCACCUCCUCAUCACCAUCCUGGACCACCUCCUCAUGUACAUAAUAGAUUCUUCAAUGGAUUUGAUCAACAACAAUCUGAUUUAACUGAAAGUUAUGAUAAUUCAUAUUAUGAUUCAACGCCACCCAUGGAUAAACAAUCAAAUACCAAUUCUGAGAUUAGUUAUAGAUCAGGUAUUACUACAAGUAAUGAUAGUCCUAAGCUGCAAACUGAUGAAGCUCCUUUUAGUGAUCAUGAAUUAGCAAAAUAUGAACUACCUAAAUGGAAUUCACUCAAUAUUUUAAUUGAUUAUUAUUACAUUUAUAAUCAACCAAGUCAUCAAAUGUUUCCAGGAAAACAAAUUUUUUUAAAAAAUAUAUCAUUAAAUGUUGAUAGUUCAAUAUUACAUAUAAUGAUUGCAACAAUUUGUAUAUUAGCAAACAGGAAAAAUCCAAAUCUUAAUAUAAAUUCAGAUGAAUCUUAUUGGGUAGGUCAAAUGGAAAAAUAUUGGGAUAAUUUAAAUGGUUUUGGUAUAAUGGCAUGUUUUAGAUUACUUGCUAAAUGUACAUCAUUUAGAUUUAAUAUGUACCGAGUAAAUCAAUGUAAUAUUAAAAUAUUUGAAACAAUAUAUGAUAAUAAUUAUAUUGAAAUUUACAGUCAAAAAAGAUUUGAAUUUAAAGAAAAUGGAACUAAAAAUUCAUUAUUUGGUACAUCAAGACAAUGUUAUGAAAGAGAAACUAUUUUAAGAUUAAUAUGGACUUUUUAUAUUAAUCAUAUAAUUCUUUUAAGAUUUAAUCAAGGUAGACCAUAUUAUAAAUUAUCUUCCAUAUUAGAUGAUUUUAAAUUUGAUUAUGAAAGAGAUCAUUAUUCCAAUAAUAUCUUAUUACCAUUAAAUGAUAUAGAUUUCAUGACUUUAAAACUUGUGAAUAAUAGAACAAGUUGGAAACAAUUAUAUGAAAGAAAUCAUAUACCAUCAGAUUUAUCAAGUUUAAUAUUAGCUAGUAAAAUAUUUGAAAAUUUAUUAAGUAAAUUAUCUAAUGAUGAUUUAACAUUUGAUAAUUUAAUAAGUUCAAAUUCUUUUAAUAUUAAUUUUGCUGAAAAAAUAUCAAAUCAACAUAUAAACAUUAUAGAUUCUAAAAAAUUAAUAGUUAUAAAUAUAACUUAUUGGUUUGCUAACCUAAUAUUACGUGUGGGUGAAGUAUUACAAUAUAAUUUUUUCAUUUAUGAAGUUAUGAAAUUUAAAAUGUGUAAAUAUGAAUUUAGAAGAAAUACAGCUCAACAACAAGAUACAACAAAAGAUUUAUUUACACCAUUAAUAUGUGAUGAAUUUUUAGAUACUAAUAAUUUAACUCAACAAUUACAAAAUUUUAAAACAAAUCAAUGGAUAAGUUUAAUUGAAUUAACAAAAGCAUUAAGUGGAUUUGUUUCAUUACUAGAAAUAUGUCCAUCAAAAGAAUAUAAUCAUUAUUCAGUUGUUGUAGGACCAACUUCAAUCACAAACUUAACAGCAGAUUCAAAAUCAAAUUUCAGAGAUGUUAUAAGUAAUCCCAUAGAAUGGUAUGAUGCUCCAGAACUUCAAUCAACAGUUAAAGAAUCAUGGAAUAAAUUCCCACAAUAUACAUUAUCAUUUUCAACUGCAUUUUUAUCAGUUGCUUGUAGUUUAGCAGUACUUACAAAAUACCUUAGAUUAUCUUCACAUACCCAAAAUAAAAAUUUAAUUGUUGAAUUAAUAGAAACUGGUGAAAUUAUUGAAAUUCCUCAUAUUGUUGAUGGUUGGAUAUCUAAAAAUUUUAAUUCAAUAAAUUUAUCAAGUAAAGUUUCAUCACUUUGUGAAUUUAUAAAAUACAAAUUAUAUUAUAGUAAUGAAGAAGUUAUGCAUGAUUCUGUUAAAAGAAUGAAUAAAUUAACUCAACAUUUAGAAGAAAUUUUAUCAAGGUGA